UAACAUAAAAAAUGACGGAAAACACAGAAAAAGGUUAUUGACGACGAACAGCAUAGACCUUAUCACUUUCGAGCGUUGAGCGUUCGCUAAUGGAGAAUUCCUACAAAACCCUAGAGAUCGUUCGCAAGAUCCCUACUUCCUCCGUAUUUCAUCUCUUCCUCAACAGACCCUUACGAUCCAACGCUCUCUCCCUCGAUUUCUUCGAGGAAUUCCCCUUAGCCCUAUCCUAUCUCGACCAAAACCCGGAUGUCUCCGUCAUCAUCCUCGCCGGCGCCGGGAAACACUUCUGCUCCGGAAUCGACCUCAACUCCCUCUCCGUCAUCUCGGACAGAUCCGUGUCCGGAGACAGAGGACGAUUCGGCGAGCGGCUCCGACGUCAAAUCAAGUCGAUGCAGGAUGCGAUCACGGCGAUCGAACGGUGUCGGAAGCCCGUGAUCGCCGCUGUUCACGGCGCGUGUAUCGGAGGCGGUAUCGAUAUCGUCACCGCGUGUGAUAUUAGGUAUUGCUCGGAGGACGCUUUCUUCUCCGUCAAGGAGGUGGACCUGGCGAUCACGGCGGAUCUCGGCACGCUACAGAGGCUUCCGACCAUCGUUGGGCACGGAAACGCCAUGGAGUUGGCGUUGACGGCGCGAGGGUUUUCAGGUCGUGAGGCGAAGGAUUUGGGUUUGGUUUCUCGGGUUUUCGGAUCUAAAUCGGAGCUCGACGAGGGCGUCAUGAUGACCGCUGAGGGAAUAGCAGUGAAGUCUCCUCUGGCCGUGACAGGGACAAAGGCGGUGUUACUGAGAAGCCGAGAACUCAAUGUAGAACAAGGUCUGGAUUACGUUGCUACUUGGAACUCGUCAGUGCUCAUAUCCGAAGAUCUAAACGAGGUCGUGGAAGCUCAGAUGAAGAAAACGCAACCCCGUUUUUCGAAACUGUGAUCAGUAACCAUUGCUUGUUUCCUUCAGCAUCUUUUCAGCUAAGGCUUCCUGAGUUUUCCAUAGAAACGGGCACGGCUUCAAUGAGUCAGAAUAAAAGGUGGAAACUUUGAUAUUUGGAAGAUGGCAAUGCCAAAGAUACACUUAAAGCAAUGUUCCUUGUUUUAAUCUUGAUCAAGUCCAAUUGUUGACUUUGUCAUUAUUCUAACUAGUCAAUCCAAGACUUCACAUUGGUCUCCUC